AUGAGACGCUUGUUUUCUCUUCUCUUGUUUCUAAUUGUGCAAGCAAGUAUUGCACUGGCUUUGUCUCAUGGGCAUCACGUCCAUGAGCACCUCCACCGUCAUUAUCAGCGUGCAGCAAGCUCUGGUGUCCCGUCCCCUGUUUCUUCUGCUUCAUUGCCCCAUUCCUCCACCUCUAUCGGCCACUCGUCGAAUCAUACAUCUUUCGGGACUUCUGAUGCUGCGCUUAAAGUCUCUCGCGCUCUUAAAGCUCUGGCAGUGGUGAACAAGUUCCGCUAUGAGAAUAUUAACUACAACAAAUAUGAAUUUACCGAUCCUAAAAAGACCACUGGGAAGAGAGUGACGGCCCCUCCUUUGGAUUACUCCACGGAGAGUGUCCAGAAGCUAUAUUCAAUGGAGGCCGCUUAUGGUGAUCUAUCAAAUAAUGGCUCAAUGAAAGAGAAGCGAGACAACACCACAAAAGCCGCCCCCAAGAGCCUGGCAUAUACCAUUUCGCCAGAGCUCGCUGAAGCCGCUCGCAUCCUUGCAGAAUCGGCCCCACCUUCUCCAUCAACUGGGAAAGAAAGUGCCCUUGCAGCAGCCAUGCAAGCAAAGUAUGGGCAGAAUGGGAACGAUACCAACAUGGCUGCUCAGGUGCUACGAGGGCCGAAUGGGCUCGUGGAAUAUGCACCCUUUAACAGCGAUGAGACUUUGUUCCCAGUUUCCUCUCAGAGUUUGCACAAAAGAGCCGCGUCGGGAUCCCAGUUUUGGAUGGCAAACAUUGAACAGCGAGGUGUUAGUCCUUUCGCGCCUGACGGAUAUAAGGUGUGGAGAAAUGUCAAGGACUACGGUGCCAAGGGUGAUGGAAUUACUGAUGAUACUGUUGCGAUCAACAAAGCCAUAUCAGAUGGCGGACGAUGUGGUGCAGAUUGUGGAUCAAGUACAAUAUACCCAGCGGUGGUUUUCUUUCCUCCAGGUACAUACCUUGUCAGCAGUUCGAUUAUCCAGUAUUACAAUACUCAGUUCCUUGGUGAUCCAACCGAUUACCCAACCAUUCUUGCCGCGGCCAGUUUCGUUGGUCUAGGUGUCAUCACAUCUGAUGUCUAUGUCGGAGAUCAAGAGGAAUGGUACAUCAAUACUAAUAACUUUCUUCGAAACGUACGCAAUUUCAAGAUUGAUAUCACUCGCACUGAUCCCAUGGCAUACGUAUGUGCCAUUCAUUGGCAAGUUGCCCAGGGAACAACGCUUGAAAAUAUUGAAUUUUAUAUGGCUCAAGACCAGGAAACUACACAGCAGGGUAUCUAUAUGGAAAAUGGUAGUGGUGGCUUUAUGAGCAACCUGACAUUUGUGGGUGGAAACUUCGGAGCUUACCUUGGAAACCAGCAGUUCACCUCAAAUCACCUGGUUUUUGUCAACUGCAAAACUGCGCUUCAGAUACAUUGGGACUGGGCUUGGACAAUGCAAGAUGUUGUAAUCGAAUCUUGCGGGACCGGAAUUGUUGUCACUGGUGGCGCCGGCGGCCCCAUGAGCAAUGGUCAAGGCGUUGGCUCACUUAUUUUGGUUGAUGCCCUUAUUGCCAAUACUCCGACCGGUAUCAUUACUUCCCUCUAUAGCAAAAACUCCACUGCUUUCUUAUUACAGAAUGUGGGAUUCUACAAUGUCGAGAAGGCCAUCAUGGCUGAAAGAUUCACGGAUCCUAUUCUGGCCGGAGGCAACGAGGUCCUUAUUGAUGCUUGGGGCUUUGGUUUGUACGCUCAGGAUUACGACGUCCAAUUCGCCCAACAAAGGAACCUCCCGGCAAUGCAGCGCAGUGAAAGUCUUACUGGCAGCACAGUAUAUAAUAAAGGUACACCGAAUUUCUUCGUCCGUCGUCGGCCGCAAUACUUUGACAUCGGUCAUAGUCAAGUUUUCGAUGUCAAGGCCUAUGGCGCUAGGGGUGAUGGCAAGACAGAUGACACUGCAGUCCUCAAUAGCAUCCUAUCAACGGCUGCGAACAUGUCAUCUAUCGUUUAUUUCCCCUAUGGUAUCUAUGUGGUAAAAGACACACUGAAUAUUCCUAAAGGGUCUCGCAUUGUUGGGCAAGCCUGGUCUCAAAUCAUGGCAACAGGAAGUAAAUUCCAGGAUGCCGAGAAUCCUCACGUUGCUGUGAAAGUGGGCGAAGAGGGGGAUGUUGGCAUUGUUGAAAUUCAGGACAUGAUGUUCACAGUUUCGGGUCCAACGGCUGGAGCUGUCUUGAUGGAAUGGAAUGUUCAUGAAUCCACGCAGGGCUCUGCAGGUUUAUGGGACUCUCAUUUUCGUGUUGGAGGAGCCAAGGGUUCCAACCUUCAGGCCGCUGAUUGUCCGAAACAGCCGGCUAAUAUCAACAAGAAUUGCAUAGCUGCUUCCUUACUUCUGCGUAUCACCAAGUCUGCCUCCGCUUACAUGGAGAAUGUUUGGGCAUGGACAGCCGAUCAUGAUUUGGACAUAACAUCACAAGACCAGGUAGAUAUUUACUCUGCUCGUGGUAUUCUGAUUGAAAGCCAAGGGCCUACAUGGAUGUAUGGCACUUCCUGUGAGCACAAUGUGCUAUACCAGUAUCAGCUUUCUGGUGCUCAGAAUUUAGUGAUGGGAAUGAUUCAAACCGAAUCUCCUUAUUUUCAGCCCACACCGCUGCGCCAGAGCCAUUCAAGCCAGGAACGUUCCCUAACGAUCCGGACUUUUCCAGCUGCGAUGAUAAUAAAGUCGGGUGCGCUGUAUCUUGGGCAGUUAGAGUCAUCGACUCUAGUACUGUGCCUGUACAGUUGGUUCUCGUCUUAUUCCCAAAAGUGUCUCGAUACAGAAGAUUGUCAGGAUAGCGCUUUCUACGUUGAACAAACCAAUGACCUAUGGGUUUUCAAUCUUGUCACGAAAGCUAUUGUGAAGUCUAUUACACCCCUGGGUCAUCUUCCUUUAUGGUCCAGAGACGUUCGCAAUGGCUAUACUGCUUCGUUGCUUGCUUGGCUGUUUACAAAGCAGGAGAUGAUCGGAAAACGCAAGUUUGAUGGAUUUUACUUAUAUGACUCCACGUGGGAUGAAGAUCUUCUGUCAAGUGUCUCAUCGGUUUGCAAAACGGCAAUGACUCGGUUGAUUGAGUGUCAUGAGCAGACGUACAUGCUCAGUGAGUUGCAGUGGAGAGCAGGCUUACAAAACGACACCUUAACGGACUUAGUGUGUGAGAAGACCUGUGGUGAAUCGAUAGAAGCAUGGUUCGAAAGUGUCACGCUAAAUUGCGCCGACUACCAUCAAGACGAUGUCGUCUUGACGAAGCCCGGAGGUAUUCUUUGGGCAGGAUGGAACGAAACAUGCGUGAAGGAUCCUGACACUGGCAAAUAUUGCGGCGACGUUAUCAAUGAUUUUACUGUUGUCAACACCAUCGACGAUAUGCCUACGGAUGAGCUCUGCUCAUACUGCUACGUUAAACGUUAUGAGAUGAUGCAGUCAACAUCAUACUCUAUCUACGACGAAACAUAUCAAUCAGACCUUAUAUUUAUGAACUCCAAAUGUGAUCUUUCCGCACCUACCGAUAUCCCUCCACCCAUCGAGGAACCGGCGAACCCGUAUGCCAAUAAUCUUACUUUCUGUGCCUCGGACACAAUUUACACCACUGUUUCCGGGGAUACGUGCGAUACCAUCGCUCUGAAACACAGCGUCUCAUCUGCCGCUCUAUUUAUCGGCAAUCCUAAUCUGUUCAAUUGCAAAGAUAUCCCUGCCGGUAUAGAACUUUGCCUCCCUUUCACUUGCGAGCCUACGUACACACUCAAGGACGGCGAUACGUGUGUUUCCAUUGAAAAGUCCCUUGGGUUAGAUUAUGCGGCGGGCUACAAUGUUCGCAAAUAUAACCCGUGGCUCACACGCGAUUGUUCUAAUCUCCAGGAGGCGAGUAACGAAGUCUACGGGAAAGUUCUCUGCGGGGCACCCCAGGGUGGUACAUCAACUGGCACCGCACCCCCUGUAGGUGUGACUUCUUUGCCGCAGACGGGAGAUGAUACCGAGUCUCCGCCUCCAACCAACGCAACUGUUCCGGAAGGGACAACCUUGAGAUGUGCAAGAUGGCACGUUGUGGCAGACCAGGAGGCUAAAGAAACAUGCACAAAGAUCUGCGUUAAAGAAUCUAUUGACUGGGAACUGUUUUUGAAGGCCAAUCCAUCCUUGACAAUAGGUGUUUGCGACGAGAAGCUAGUGGUUGGAAAUGCUUACUGCGUUGGACCUAUCGCGGGGUUUGACAGCAAUUAUAGCAACAGCGGUGACGAUGAGGCAUCGUAG